AUGCCAAACUGGGGAGGCGGAGCAAAGUGUUCAGCGUGUGAGAAGACGGUUUAUCAUGCAGAGGAGAUCCAGUGUAACGGGAGGAGCUUCCACAAGCCCUGCUUCAUCUGCAUGACCUGCAGAAAAGCACUGGACAGUCACACGGUCGCAGCACACGAGUCUGAGAUUUACUGCAAGUCCUGUUACGGGAAGAAAUACGGUCCAAAAGGCUACGGAUACGGGCAAGGAGCCGGAGCUCUGAGCUCUGAUCCUCCUGGAGAGAACGCCAACCAGCAGGCUGGAAAUUCAAAACCACGACCGACAAACUCCAAUCCCAGUAAAUUUGCACAGAAGUUUGGGAGUUCAGACCGCUGCCCUCGCUGCUCCAAAGCUGUCUACGCAGCGGAGAAGCAGAUGGCAGCGGGGAAGCCUUGGCAUAAGACCUGUUUCCGCUGUGCCCUGUGUGGUAAAAGUCUGGAGUCAACCACUGUGACUGACAAGGAUGGAGAGCUGUACUGUAAAGUUUGCUACGCCAAAAACUUCGGGCCUAAAGGAUUUGGACUGGGGAACGAGGCCAUGCUGGAGGAACCGUAG